UAGAGUCCCAUUAGUCUCUCUUCCUUCUGAAAGAGAGAAGUCGCAAGACCUUAAUCUCUUACUCGAAUUCGAUCAUAGAAGUCUACAGCUUACAGCUCUCACGUUGAUUUGUUGCUUAAUUUCAGGAACAACGGUGGAGAUUUUAGUAAUCUAGAUCAUUAAAUCCUCAGAAUAGUUUCUUUUUGGCAUUUCUCUGAGAACCAUAGACCCUGGUUACUGUGGUGUGCCUAAGUUGAAUCUCCAACAAAUCACCAGAUGUUUGGGAUUUCAUAUGGAGAGCUGUUUCUCUUGCUUGGAGCUACCGCUGCUCUAAUUGGACCCAAGGACUUGCCAAUAAUUGCCAGAACAGCAGGGAAAUUCGCUGGCCGUGCCAUUGGGUAUGUCCAAUUGGCCCGUGGCCAAUUUGACUCUGUUAUGCAACAAUCGCAAGCUCGCCAGGUUCACAAGGAACUUCAGGAUACAAUGGCACAACUAGAUGCCAUUAGACAUGAAAUUAGAAGUGUAUCAUUCAUGAAUCCUGGUCCAAUGACUAGGAGACUAGUGGAUAAUCUUGACAAUACUUCUCCUGGCAGCAUGGCGUCUGAAGAACCUCCUAGAGAGGAUAAAUCAUUGCCCACCGUUUCUAAGGAUUGCAGGCCAACAGCCCCAGAUUCAUGUAAUAUGCACAGCCAAGCUACUGCUUUUGCAAGAUUGGCUGAAUCCCCAUCCUUGAAGGAUGGUUCAACAAAUAUUAGUACCAAAUUGGAGAAGCUGAACACUGAAUCUGGUCUUCUCACUAUCUUACCAGUAUCUGCUGAAAGUACUGGGCUUUUACCCAAGCGCCAAGAUGAAAUAAAAGGAUCUGACAUCGUGUUGGAAGCUAUAGUGGAGGCAGAGGUGGCGCACAAUGCAAAAGAAUUUUUCUCACAGCCUCAGAAUCAAAUUAAAUAUGAAUAAAUGAUCCUUGGAAGGAGGAUAUUCCUAUGACCUCAGCAAGAGGAAUCUGUCAGCGAGCUGGGCAAGUUCUGGUUAUACAGGAGAACUCCUGAGAUGAAUGAAUCACUUGCACACAUGAAGCUAUGAACACGGACUUAGAGGGUUUUGUGCAUAAGCAUGAUCUUUUUUACCCUGUAAAUGUGCUGUGUUCCUGCAUUCUCAAUUAGAUUAGGCAUCCUGCUUUGUCUUAUAAAAACAUUUGGGCUGUUUGCAAUCAGAAUUACAAGAUUGUAUUCUAGUCCUGCAUUGGUCUCCAGUGUCCUAUCUGGUUGCCGCGAUGAGCAGGUUUAAAAUCAUCUAGCUAGCUCUGACGCUUGGUUUGGGCUAGAGUAUCAUCAUAAGUCAUUACCGGUGGUUAUGCUUUCUUGUAUAACGUCCAAGAGGAAAACAGUUUGUUCCGCGCAAAUCGACUGCUGUUGAUAUACUGUUGAGCAUUGAGUAAACUAUCAUUUUAGUCACCGAAA